GAUUGAAUAUUACUUCUCAGACGAGAACCUUGAGAAAGAUGCCUUCCUUCUAAAGCAUGUGAGAAGAAAUAAGAUGGGCUAUGUCAGUGUUAAACUCCUUACUUCUUUUAAGAAGACUAGAGCCUGCAUCUGCCUUGCACUUUCUGUAAUGAGUUUGAGUGGGUUUGACCUGUGUCUGUCUUCAAGGUGAAACACCUUACCCGUGACUGGAGAACCACAGCCUAUGCACUGAAGUACUCGGACAUUCUUGAUCUCAAUGAUGAUAACAGAAAAGUUAGAAGAAAUACUCCAGUUCCAGUGUUUCCAAGUGAAAACCUCCCUACCAGGAUGUUACUGGUGUAUGACAUCCACAUGAUUUCUGAGCUACAGGUUCUUAACAAUCAACAAGAAAAUGGAUGCACACAAGAAAGGAUAAUGGAGCAUCUCCUCAAAGCCUUUGCAACUUUUGGUGCAAUUUCAUCAGUUCGUAUUCUCAAGCCUGGUAGGGAUCUACCACUUGAUAUCAGGAGGGUCAGCAAUCAGUACACCCAGCUGGGAACUCAGGAAUGCGCAGUUAUAGAAUUUGAAGAAGUAGAUGCUGCCAUACAUGCUCAUGACUUCAUGUGUGCUGAAAAGAAAGAGAGCGGCAUGAAAGUUGUACUAAUAGGCAUGAAACCUCCAAAGAAAAAAGUUCCUAAAGACAAAACCCGUGAUGAAGAUACCAGCAAAAGUCUUAAGAAGACUAAAUCCCUUAAUAAAAGAGUUGAGGAACUUCAGUUUGUUGGUGAUGAAUCUUCAGCAAAUAGCUCUUCUGACCCAGAGAGUAAUCCUACAUCACCACUGUCAGGACGCAAAAGUACUGCAAAAAAUACUACAAGUAAUUUGAGUCCCGUCAUACACCCAAACAACCAUUUGAGUCCUAAUGUGUCACCCAGAUCAAGUCCUUGGAACAGCCCAUCUUCACUAAGAAAAGUAACCAAAAGGUCUCCGCUGGCUGAAGACAGCAAGCUUAACCCAAGCACUAGCCCUGAAAUUCCAAGGAAAUGUACAGAUUAUUCCUCGGAUAGCAGUAUCACUCCUUCUGGUAGCCCCUGGGUACAGAGGAGAAAAGAUAAAACUGUUACCCAAGAGGAAACUCCUGUCAGUAGCCCCAUGUUGGCUCGGAAAAUACAAAAUGCAGAUGGUCUGCCUAUAGGGGUGCUGCGGCUGCCUAAAGGUCCCGAUGGCACUAAAGGAUUCCACAGUGGAUGUGAAAGAAGAGUGAAUAAACUGUUCUUUAAAAACAAGCUCACAAGUCAGUCAACUGCUUUCAGUCAAGCCUGGUGAAAAAUUAAUCACUAGAGUGACUGAGCUAAGUCAGUAUUUAAAAGAUUUUGUAUUCAUAUAGAGACUUUAUCAUUUGUAUAUUCUCCACAGAAGCACAGAACAGUUGAGGUUGGAAGGCGUCUCUGGAGAUUGUCUGGUCCACCUCCUUUGCUCAGGCAGGGUCCACUACAGCAGGUCACUUUGGGUUUGGAAUAGCUGUGGGGAUAGAGACUCCCCAGCCCUGUCUGGGCAACGUGUUACCACAUCCAACCACCUGCACAGCAAGAAGUGCUUCCUUGUGUUCAGGUGGCAUUUCCUGUGUUUCAGUUUGUGCCCCUUCUGUUACUGGCUGUUGCUGAGAAGAGCCUAGAUCUAUCUUCUUUACCCCUUCCCAUCAGAUAUUUAAAAACAUUGAUGAGAUUCCCACCCUGAGCGUUCUCUUCUCCAGUCAGCCCCAGCUCUCUAGGCCUCUCAUAUGAGAGAUGCUACAGUUUCUGAAUCAUUUUAUGCACGUAUCAUCUAAUGCAAUGCCCUUAUCUGCACUGUUAUUUUUAAAAAUGUAUUAGUUUGAAAUGCUGUUGUGGUUUAAACCUGGCCGACAGCCAAACACCACACGGCUUCUGGCUCACCUUCUCCCACCCUGGGGAAGGGGGCAAAGAAUUAGAGAGGUGAAGGGAAGGAGACUCACAGGUUGAGAAAAAAACCAAUUUUAAUAACUGAAAUAAAGUAAGUUUUAAAUAACUAUUAUAAUAGAAAAUACCAAAUGAGUAAUGCACAGUGCACUUGCUCACCACCUGCCCAUUCCCAGCUAGUGAUCCCCGAGAAGAGAGAAUCCUGAAACCACAAUCCCAGGAGAGUGAGCGAGCUUCCCAGCUGACUUUAAUCUCUGUGCUUAUCAUGACGUUGUGUGAUCUGGAAUAUUCCACGGGCCAGUGUGGGUCUGUUGCUCUGGCUGUGCUCCAUCCCAGCUGCUUGUGCACCUGCACACUAGCAGGACAGGGGAAGUUGAUAAGUCCUUGAUUUCUUAGCAACUGAAAACAUCAGUUUAUUAUCAACAUUCUUCUCAUACCAAACCCCCUACUGAAUCCAAAACACAGCACUAUUCUUGUUACUAAGAAGAAAAUGUUAGCUCUGUCCCAGCUGAAACCAGGACAAAUGUCUAAAUAUAGAAACAGGUAUAUAAACCGUUUGUGCAACUACGUUAUUUUUCAAAGCUACGCUCCUGAAGAGCAGUGUGUAAAUACCUACAGUUGUGGUUGUAUUAUGACAGGGUGUGAUAUGUGACCAGCCUAAUUGCAGGGCAGAGAGGUUUUGAAGCUUUCUUGUGUUUGUCUCAAAAAGUACAUUGAGAAACUUAUGCUACAGUUAGCAGUUGCUCUCUGCUUGCAUACAUCUCCAAAGAAAACAUUUAGUCGAACCAAAGUGUAUAUUUUCAUGUAAUGUGAACAGAUUCUGAGCAUUGGAGACUGUUCUGUAUGUGUUCUCUCAUAUAAUCAGAUGGAAAUAAAAGUAUUAACUCAGUCUA